AUGAAAGUGUUUGACGGUGGAUACGAUAGAAGAAGCACGGAUCUUAAUGGUGUUGACUACAAACCCGUGAGGAUUCUUGUAGACGUUGGUCGUGAGUCAGAUGCCAAUGGUGGCGAGGAUGGAUUGAGAAUAGACACUCUGCCAUGCAUCAAAUUUGGCAAUACACAACAAGAUGGAAACACUGCCACUUCUUUAACCAAAAGUGACAUGUCUCCCAAGAACAUGAAAGGAACUGAACAAACAACAGGCAAAGAAGAUGAGUAUGUGUCUGUCAAUAGUAAUCUUCCAAUCACUGAACUGCACGAUCCAAAGAACCAGUUGAGUUCCUUGAUUAAGAAUGCAAAAGAGAAUAGGGACUCCCUCAAGCAGAGAAACAGACGAAUCAAUCAAGCCCAACAAUGGUCUAAGAGACAAUAUGGAUGGUAA